UGCCUUGGCCUUCGAUUGGACCAGCCCUCGCCAGCGCGGCUUCGAGAUUGGUCGGCUCGUGCUCUUCUCUCCUCCCCCUCCAGGAUUUCCGCUUCCGGUUCUGACGGACGCUUCGGCCGAAAAGAUGAUCGGGGACAUCCUGCUGUUUGGGACGCUGCUGAUGAACGCAGGGGCAGUGCUCAACUUUAAGCUGAAAAAGAAGGACACGCAGGGCUUUGGGGAGGAGUCGAGGGAGCCCAGCACAGGUGACAACAUCCGGGAGUUCUUACUGAGCCUCAGAUACUUCCGGAUCUUCAUCGCCCUGUGGAAUGUCUUCAUGAUGUUCUGCAUGAUCGUGCUGUUUGGCUCCUGAGCCCCAGAUACACACCUUCCUGGGAACCAGGAACCAGGAACCAUCUUCCCAGAUGCCGAGUCUCCCUUUCUCCGUUCCUGACGACUUCAAGAAUGGUUUUGACCGGAAAACAAGCGACCUUCCCAGAAAGCCCAAGUUCUUGGUGGGUGGAAAAAAUGUUCGCCAAGCUGCACACGGCUUCCCAGCCACGUCAUUGUUUUCUUUUGAAAGAUAUUUUCACUUUGGUCUCUGCGUUGAAAUGCUGUCUACUUAAGGAGUUUUAGGAGGCUUUAUGGAAGGGAUGUGAUAACAUUGCAUUCCCCGCAGAUAAAAGAACGUUGUGUAGAUUGUUUUUUUAGAUUGGAAUUCGUCUUCUAGCAAGCUUGUACUAGAAACUCAUUUCUGGAUAUUUCUUGGUUUAUUUUUAAUAACCCUCCUUUUUGGUUCAAAUUACACAGAUUUUUCAAAAUAAUGUUUUAUCCAGGGAUCUGAAACAGAAAGGUGCGCUUUUAAGAUUGAUGCAGCCUCUUUAUUGGACUGUGUUUAGGAAUAACAAGCAAGUUCAUUGUUGCUGGGCCUGUGUCCAUAUUCCUUUCCUGUCUCGAUGGGCUCUGCUCGGCCACUCGGUGCCUCUGAGGUCAUCCUCAGGACUUUAAGGGUGAAGCCUUACUGAUUCCCGUGGAAGAGAGGUACAGAACAGUUGGCAGGGGCAGAUGUGGGUGUUAUGAGAAAUUUUGCCCUGUCUUACAGCCCUCUGUUAAAGUAACUCUUGGGGCCAUUAAAUGUAUAGUUUCAAGAAUGAGAGUGACUUGCGUGGUGAUACUGGGACCCAGUUCUGAAAGCUUGGAAUUUUGGGUCUUCUUUUCAAGUGGGUGAUUUCAAGGUUGAAAAGCAGUGAGCCUCAUUCAAGGAAAUACAGCAUUUUGCAUAGAAUCUUCUUUGAAAGGCAGGUCCUUUAUCGCCAAAAUGAAAUGCCAGUGGUCCACACCCAGAUCCUACAGGUGUUUGAUCUGUUUGUUGUGGGUUUUGAAUUCCUGAUUUGGAGGUAAACCUGGUGGGAGGAAAAAAGUAAAUAUGCAGACUUUUCAGAACUAAGUAGCACUGAAAAUAAAGCUCAUUUCUAAAAAGGAUCUUUUGUUUAUACAUUUUUUUUUUUUAAAGAUUUUGUUUAUUUAUUUGAGAGAGAGAGAAUGAGAGAGAGCACAUGAGAUGGGGGAGGGUCAGAGGGAGAAGCAGACUCCCCGCUGAGCAGGGAGCCUGAUGCGGGACUCAUCCAGGGACUCCAGGAUCAUGACCUGAGCCGAAGGCAGUCGCUUUAACCAACUGAGCCACCCAGGAGCCCUGUUUAUACAUUUUUUUAACCAAGAAGUUAGCUGACUUCCAACUGGAAUUGUUUUGAAUUACACUGUGGGAAACACCAAGGAUUCAUUUUGGAGGCUGUCAAAAAGUCAGAAGAGAAGCAGUGUUAGAUUUCCCGUUUUGGAUUUUCCUUAAUACAUGUCAGGCUGGAAUUGGGCAAAUGGGCUUUUGACCUGGCUGCUUUGGGAAGUAUUGAAAGAGCCAAGGAGAAUAUUGGGGUUUUGCUAGACCAGGGUCAAAUCCACUUUUACUGCUGCGUAACUGACGUCAUUCUCCUUCACUGCUUCUAUAAUUUAUUCCCUUGUCAAACCCAGGCCUAUAGUUUGUCAGUAGCCGGGAACGUAGCUGCUGAGUCGAGCUUCGCACAGGCUUGUGUCCUUGUCAGCAAGAACAGACGUGUGGAGAUCUUGGCUAGUCACUCCUCAAGCCAUGUCAGUGGUUCGAGGAAACCUCGCUGCCUUAUUCAGACUGGUGCUGAGGUUUCAAUGAGGCGAGGCAUUCGUACGUUAUGGGGAUGAAUCAUGCUCUGAGAAGAGAAUGCUGUCAUUGAGAUUUUGUUUCAAUAGUUGUAUUUUUUUCCAGAGAACUAUUACCUCAUUGUUAAACUCUCUGCCAACAGUGUAGCUUCGGAGGCUAAUGUCCAUUUUAAAAGUUACAUCUCACCGAUGUGCAUCUUUAGGAAGCUUUUCAAGAACCCUCAUUAACAUCAAAGGUUAUCGAAGUUUGAGUUUUGGGUGCCUAGGGUUCCCCAGCAUUUAAUCGCUUAUGUUCUGUGCCAGUGGGUUCAAGUCCCGUCUCUGCUCCUUGCCAGUGGGACCUUGGCUGCUUGCUUUUCCACUCCCUGCCUCAGUUUCCAGUCGCCAAAAUGGGUUUGGAAGUCCCACCUGCCUGGGUUUGUUGUGAGGCUCAGCAUGCUCAAAUGUGGGCCGAGUGCUUGACCGAGUGCUCAAACCUGGGUGUGCUCACUGCUAGCAUCUUCUCUACUCUUGCCUGCAUUCGUGCGUGCGGUCUGCACACACACCGUGAAAGAGAGAUGUUUAAAAACACUAGAAACAGUUUUCCAGCAUGGAAAACCUUUUCCCGCCUUCCUCUUUCCUUUCCAGCCUUUUCCUUAUAGGUAUCAGUAUACAGGCAUACUUUGGAGAUACUGCGGGCCCAGGUCCAGACCCACUAAAGCGAAUAUUGCAAUAAAGCAAGUUGAAGGAGUGUUUUGGCUUCCGGGCGCAUAUAAAAGUUACGUUUCCCCUGCAUUGUGGAAGUGGGCCGUAGCAUCACGUCUAAAAAACUGGCGUGUGUGCCUUAAUUAAAAAAUACUUGAUCGCCAACAAAUGCUAGUCGUCAUCUGAGCUUUCAGUGAGUCAGAAUCCCUGAUCACAGAUCACCAAAGCAAAUACAGUAACGAUGACAAAGUUUGAAAUACGGUGAGAAUUACCGAAAUGUGACACAGAGAUACAAAGUGAUCAGAUGCUCUCGGGAAAAUGGCGCCAGGAUACUGGUUUUGCCGCAAACCUUGGGUUUCUAGAAAACACGAUGUCUGCAGAGUGCAGUCAAAUGAGGUCUGCCUGGAUGCGACAUAGUUCGAUCGUGGUUAAGGCGGCUUAGGUUCUGCUGUGUUCAUUUUGGCAGCAUUUCCUUCAUAUCUUCCGGGCUGCCAGACAGACAGGCUUCAUGGUGUUGGGUUUUAAUUACAGCACUGUGUCAGUAGAUCUCUCUUUAACCCUGGCCCUCUUGCUGGUCCUCUCGUGUGUGCCUCGAACUUGUACUUUGCUCAGUGUUAUAAAGGCCACCGCGAUCCCCAUUGUUGUGACCUUUGUUGGCUUCCUUCACUGGUGCUUCUGCAGAACCUAGGAAGGCCACAUCGGUAUGUACCAUCAUUGUAGCUUCAGUGGCUUUUCUUUGUUUUGUUUUCAAGUUUCUUACUGCCAGUGCAUGUUCAUUGUAGAAAAAUCAUAAAAUAUAGCUUUGCUCUAAGGGAUAAAAUGAAUAAUCACCUUCACUCAGCGUCACUCAAGGUACACAUCUUUCUGGCUUCUUCCCCCUGCACUUGCAUCGGGUAUGGUGCACAUGUUUUCGUUACGUAAAUUGUAUCUCUGUCUUCUAGCCUGUUUUUCUCAUCUGAGAAUACAUUUCUAUAUUUUUCCUACAAUUACCAUUCUUAAUAACAUGGUAAUGAUGUGCCAUUAAUUACUUUAACUCAUCCCCAGCUGAUGGAGACUUGAGUUGUCUCUAGUUUUUGUCUAUUAUAAAUAUCACUGUGAUGAACAUCUCAGUAUGUCAUCCCUAAUGAAUUUUUGGAGUCACUUUUUUUUUUAAGAUUUUUUAAUUUAUUUGACAGAGAGAUAGCGAGAGCAGGAACAUAAGCAGGGGGAGUGGGAGUGGGAGAGGGAGAAGUAGGCCUCCCGCCAAGCAGGGAGCCUCAUGCGGGGCUGAUCCCAUGACCCGAACUGAAGGCAGACGCCUAAUGACUGAGCCACCCAGGUGCCCUUUUUAAAAGAUUUUACUUAUUUAUUUGAGAGAGACCGCGUGCACACACAAGUGUGGCGAGGGGCAGAGGGAGAGGGAGAAGCAGACUCUCCACUGAGCAUGGGGCCCCGAUGUAGGGCUUAAUCCCAGGGCCCCAAGAUCACGACCUGAGCCCAAGUUAGAUUCUUAACCAACGGAACCACCCCGGCACCCCUUGGGGUCACUUUUAAAAAGAGAUCCAUCUUGACAGCUUUGGGCUAAGAAUUCUAAAGAAAAACGCAUCUUGGACGACUUGCAUCUUUGUUCAUUUGUUCAUACGUAUGUAUGUUCAUAUGUACAAGAACUGGGUUCUAGAUCCCCAUCAGCUUUGACCAGGAGUGGUAUUAGGCUGCUUCAGUUUGCUUAACCUGUUAAUAAGGACGAGAAUUUCAGGCUCCAACCAGAUAACUGUUUUGUUGUGCAAGCAACUGCAGUUGACAUCAUGCCAGUCGGCUUUCCACCUUGGUCCUGAUGGUUAGGGACCUCAGCCACCAUCUAAGUACUAAAUGCCCACUACUGCUUGCCCCGGACCAUGUUACAUGGAGUCACUGCCAAGGUGAGAAGCUGCACGUUGAGAAUUAAAACAAGGCCACAGUUUGCAGCACCUGCCCUUUGGGAUUCAUGUUGGAAACUCCCUUUUUGCUUCCUCCACCUUGGCAUCUCAAAAGGUGGAAUAUGUCCCUCCUUUGGUGGGUUUCUCAUUGCACUUCAGUUCCAGCUAUUCUAGAGCAGAAGUCAGAAACUCUGGUUCCCAGGCAGAGCCUGGCCCGCCACCUAUUUUUGUAAAUAAAGUUUUAUUGGCACCCAGCCACGCCCCUUCGAAUAUGUAUCAUCUAAGGCUGCUUUAGUAGCUUUCCUGCUAUAAUGGCAGUGUUGUCACAGAGACCAUCUGGCCCACGGAUGAAAAUGUUGUCUUUCCGGCCCAUAUAUGUGAUGGCGUUCGCUGACCCCUGAGCUAGGGGAUGAUAGAGAAUCUCAAAGUGUCCUUUUUCUCUCCAAAGCCACUCAAGUGGAGUCAUCUGCACACCUUGUGGUCUAGAUUUUAUUUAUUUAUUUAUUUAUUUAUUUAUUUAUUUAUUUAUUUAUUUAUUUUAAAAGAUUUUAUUUAUUUGAGAGAGAGGGGACACAAGCAGGGGCAGAGGGAGAGGGAGAAGCAGGCUCCCCGCCGAGCAGGGAGCCCAACGUGGGACUCGAUCCCAGUACCCCGGGAUCACGACCCGAGCCGAAGGCAGACGCCCAACAACUGAGCCACCCAGGCGCCCCGUGGUCUAGAUUUUAAUAAACACAUUCGAAUUUGCUGAAAAUCGAGCCAGCUAUUUUUAAGCAUGAGCUUAAGACCAAAACGUAAUUUUAUUUCUCUUGAUAGUUAGGGGAGAGAUCCCUUCUGGGCUGCCUGUGAUUCUCCCGAGCGGGAGUUCCUCUGCACCAGCAGCACAAUGUGAUAAUGAGAUCGGCUCUCCUCUGAAUGGUUAGAUUUGAAAAGCCAGCGAGGCUGUCAUUAGUGAGGCAUUUUCUUUUCAUUUCAACUGUUUCAUUAUCUCCUUCUUAACCACAUUUGUGUUUAUGAAAUAUUUGACAAACCUCCCAAUGUUUUCCUGUGUUGAUGAAAGACGUACGCUGUUUGUGUAUAAAGCAAAAGGCCUGGUCUUUUUAAAAGGAAGAUGUAAAUUCUACUUGGGGGUUGUUUUCAUCAUUCCCUUGAUUUCCGUUAUUGCACAGAGAAAAGUACUUGAUCCGCUUUGAGCCCCUCUCUGAGAGUUGCUGGAAAUGAGAGUUCGGUAAUAGUGAGCAUUCCUACAUGGGAAAUUGGGCAUAGGGGUCUAGAGCAAGUUAGAAAUUCAAAGUCCACAUUUUUCAAUUAGAAAACAGUAAGAACUAGUUCAGAGUAUGGCUCUCUGGUUUUCCUUUUGACCAGUGGGUGGUUUUGGAUCAGACCAGGGGUCAACAGACUGCUGCCCACAUCUGGCUUGCCACCUGUCUUCAUGGACCACAAGAUGGAAUGGUUUUCCCAUUUUUAUUUUUUUAUUUUUAUUUUUUUAAAGAUUUUAUUUAUUUAUUCAUGAGAGACAGAGAGAGAGACAGAGGCAGAGGGAGAAGCAGGCUCCCCGCGGAGCAGGGAGUCCGAUGCGGGACUCGAUCCCAGGACCCUAGGAUCAUGACCUGAGCUGAAGGCAGAUGCUUAACCGACUGAGCCACCCAGGCGUCCCAGUUUUCCCAUUUUUAAAUGGUUGAAAAAGGAUCGAGAAGAAAAAGGAAAUUCCAAUUUCUUUGUCCAUAAAUAAAGUUUUAUUGGAACGCUGCCACGCCCUUUCAUUUACGUAUUAUCAGUGGCCGCUUUCGAGCUGCAAGGACACAAUUGAGUCCUUGCGACAGAGACCAUCUGGCCCACAAAACUAAACAUACUUACUGUCUGACUCUACAGAAUGGUUUGCUGACCCCUAGACUGGACAGUAUUUUUUUUUUUUUUUUUUAAGACAUUGGGUGGAUCCUGUUCAUCUGUAUUUAGUUCACGUUAUUGUUGCAGCCGUUAGUGAUAAAUGUGGGCCGUGAGGGUAUUGGAGUAUGCUGGGGGAGUUGCAGAAGUUAUUUUAAGGGUAAUAAAGCUUUGGUGCAUUUAAUUAGAGUUUACUGUGUGAAUCAGAGAAAAACGUGGAAAAGAUGGUUAUGGUAGAACUAGCAAGAUAAAGGUCUGGGCCAGAUUACAAACAUCUCUGUCCCUUACGGAGUGUUAUGUGGGGCAGCGAAUUGGCAUCCUUGCACCUCUAUGUCGUUGUCUGUGAUGCAGGGACAGUGAGGAAGGGAGCCUUGACACGUACCUACAGCCUGCCUCACACGCGGCAGGCACUCAGUAAGUGGUAGUAUUUUUGUUGCUGUCAUUACUUUUAUUAAUAAAAGACCUUCUUGAUGGGGUUUUGUGAAGCUUAAAUGAGGUAGUGUCUUAGUCUGCUCAGGUCGCCAUAACAAAGUGCCACAAGGCUGGGCGGCUUAAACAACAGACAUUUAUUUUUCUUACGGCUCUGGGGGCUGACAGUCCAAGAUCAAGGUGCCAGCAGCGUUGGUUCCUGGUGAGGCCUUUGUCCUUGGCUUGCAAAUGGCCUCCUUCUUGCUGUGCACUCAACAUGGCCUUUCUUCUGCACAUGCACAUGCGCAUCUCUCUUGUUAUGAGGACACCGGCCAUAUUGGAUCAGGGGUCCACCCUUAUGACCUCAGUUAACCUGAGUUACCUCUCUAAAGGCCUUAUCUGCACGUAUGGUCACUUUGGGGGUUAAAACUUUAACAUACGAAUUUUUAGGGGACACCAUGUGUCAGUCCAUAACAGAUGGUCAAAGGUCCGCCUUGUAGUAGAAACUCAGUAGCUGGGAGUUCAUGUCCUUGGCUAAUAGUAUGCUUCGAGGCAUUAAAAACUUCAGAGGACUCCCUGUGGUCUAGGAAAGCUGACCCUGACAUCUGGUACAGAGGGAUUUUGCUUCCUAAUGUUUCGUAGUGAAGUAUUUGUGUGGAAGUGGGGUGACGGCUUCGACCAUAGCAUCUAGACCUUGGUGUCCCCACGAAUCCCCUAGGGGUCUUGGCAAGGUGUAGAUCUGCCAUAGCAGGAGGGCAGCGCAGGCUGUGGUUCUGCAUUUCAACCAGCUCCCAGGUGACGUCCAUGCUGCUGGUCCCCGGACCACACUUUGAGUAACGAGCCUGUCUGUUCAGUAGCCACUAGCCACGCAUGGCUAUUUCAGUUUCCCUGCCAGGUAACUAAAAUUUAAAACCCCAGCCCCCCGAGUCAUGAGUACUUUUCAAGUGCAUUUCAUGGCAGACACCUCUCAUUGGGCAGCACUGCCUCCGAGAGAGAGAGAGUGUAAGUUUUCCUCGUCAGGGGCCUGCAUGGGUUAAGUUGCCCCGGGGCUCCUGUGAUGAAUGCCCGCAAGCUUCAUAGUUUCAAAUAACACAGAUUGAUUAUCUUACAGUUCUGGUAGUCAGAGGUCCAAAAUGGGUCUCACUGGGCUAAAAUCAAGGUGUUGCCAGAGCUGGUUUCUUCUGGAGGCUCUAGAGGAGAAUCUGUUUCCUUGCUUUUUUGCUGCUUCUAGAAGCUGUCUGCAUUCUUGGUUCGCGGCCUCUCCCUCUACCUUCCGAGCCAGCAGUGGUUGCGCAGGUCUCUGUCAUGAUGCCAUCUGCUUCUGCUUGCUUCUUCCCCAUUAAAGGACCCUUGUGAUUACAUUGGGCCCACCCACUGGGAUCAUCCAGAAUCAUCUCCCUAUCUUAAGGUCAGCUGACUAGUCCCCUUACUUCCAUCUGCAACCUCAGUUCUUUCUUGCCAUGUAUCGUCAUUUAUUUACAGGUUCCAAGAAUUAUGGCCAGGAUAUCUUUGGGGGUGGGGUGAUGUUACUCGGCCUAACACAGGGCCAGACAGUAAAUACUUUUGGCUUUGCGGACCGCACAGCCUCUUACUCAGCCAUGCAACUCUGCUUUUGUAGCGUGAAAACAGCCAGAGACCGCACACAUCCGACCAGGCCUUGCUUGUUGUGUGAUUCUUUUUCCAUCUUUAACUUACUUUCCUUUUUUUUUUAAGAUUUUAUUUAUUUAUUUGCGAGAGAGAGAGCGGGUGAGCACGAGCAGUGGGGAAGGGCAGAGAGAGAGGGAGAAGCAUACUCCCUGCUGAGCAGGGAGCUUGAUGCGGGGCUUGAUCACAGCACCCUGGGAUCAUGACCUGAGCCGAAGGCAGUCUCUCUACCAACUGAGCGACCCAGGCGCCCCAUCUUUAACUUUCUUAUGGAAAAUUGUGAACACACAAAAAGGUAGACUAGUGCUAUGAUUUCCCGUGCACGCAUCAGGCUGUGGUUUUUAAAUCUUAUUUUAUACUUUGCUGUACUUGACUGAUUAUUCACACCAAACAUCUAUUACUCUUGUAAUCAGGAAAGAAGAAAAACACACAAAGAUGGAAGCAUCAGAGCAUCUAGGAAAUGUGAGGAAAACCACCACCACCACGUCUUGAGGUUAAAAAGGAAAAAGGCACAAACAGAGCUUCUGGAACAUUUGUCCUUUUCCGUACUCCUCUUCCAUGAGCUGGGAAUUCGGCAGAGCUCGGGAUGUUCUCAGGGCAAGUGGCAGCUCCAGUUAGAUGGGCUGUCUGUCGGUCAGACCUUUUCCAAAUAGGAUAUCUGCUUGCUCAUGUCUCCUGAACUCUCUUUGUGACACUUUAUUGAGGGAGAGAAGAAAAUCUCAUCCAAGUGGUUUGGUGCAAUCAUCCAGUUCUGAGAUUCAUGUUAAGACAGGUGAACUAUGUAGUUGCCAGGGUGAUGUGGGGAGGGAGCCCCGGCCAUGGCAAGGGUGGGGGGUGCAGUUGGGGGACACAUGGUUCCCUGGUUUUACCACUUUGCAUCCAGAUUUUACUCUCACUUGGGAGUCCGUGGGCCUCAACCACCUAGGAGAGCACACUGCAUGUUCAGGAAAGGCCAGGAGGAAUUUUGAUAAAUGGCUUUGUCUUGUGCAUAUGUGUUUGUGUGUGUGUGUAAGAGAGAGGCGUGUGUGCACAAGUAUGUGUGACGUGGGCUAUGCGUAUGGCAUGUGUCAGCUGAGUUUGUGGCCUGUGUGUUGUGUGUGGUGUAUGAUGUGUGCAUCGCACACAUGUCAUGUGCUCUAGGAGCUGUGGUGUGUGUGUUUGAGAUGGUGCGUGAAGUGCACGUGUUGUGCAGUGUGUCUGUGUGCAGUGCGUUGUGUGUUACCCACGCUGUUUGUGGAGCUGGCGUGUGGUGUCUGUGGUGUGUGUGCCGUUAGAGGUGGGAUUGGUUUUUUUUUUUUAAAGACUUAUUUAUUUGACAGAGCGAGCACAAGCUGGGAGAGCAGCAGGCAGAGGGAGAGGCUCUGCAGGGAGCCCGACGUGGGGCUCCAUCUGGGACCCUGGGAUCACGACCCGAGGCGAAGGCAGACACCUAACUGACUGAGCCACCCAGGCGCCCCUGGGGUUUUUUCUUUUUUUUUUUUAAGAUUUUAUUUAUUUUUUAGAGAGCGAGCGAGAGAGAAACAGCAUGAGAGGGGAGAGGGUCAGAGGGAGAAGCAGGCUCCCCGCUGAGCCGGGAGCCCGAUGUGGGACUCGAUCCCAGGACCCUGGGAUCAUGACCUGAGCCGAAGGCAGACGCUUAACCAUCUGAGCCACCCAGGCGCCCGGGUUCUUUCUUGAACUGCCCUUUAUCUCUUGCUACAUGAACAGAAGUCAAAGUGCUCGUGCCAGGGCUUUCCACGCAUAACCUUGAUGUUUUGGCACAACAAGGGGUGACCAAAGUAUCGCCGCUGUCCCAUGUUUCCCGAUGAGGAAAUUGAGGCCAGUCCAGGGAAGUGACUUGCCCGAAGUCCCCGGGGUCAUCAGCAGAGCUGGCACGAAAGCCUGGUCCCCCGACUCUUCUCCGAUGCUGCCGCACUCCCACCCGCACUCCCACCUUUAUUUGGGCUCUACCACCCGUUUGCUGGCGUGGAUUACAAAAGCAUGUGGCUCGUGCCCAGCACACCUGGGAGACCUGUCCAGAAGCCUGGGGCACCAGAGCCAGUUCCAAAAUCGGAACUUCUCUUGCUUUCCAGCAGCACGUGCUGUAUAUGCCACGACGGCCCGAGGCAUCUGGGCUAGCGUUCACUCGUCAGAGUAAUCUGCAGCAACCCAGCCUAACGUUUGCAACAGAGCUGGGCCAGCAGAGACUGAACGGCCUCGGACAAGCUUUGCCAACCAAAUGGGUCUGAUGCAAAGUUAAAGAAAUUUUUUGGCCUUUUCGAGCUGUGGGGUUUGGGAACGGCGGGGAGGGGGUCGUGGGCCUGCGCUCUGAGUCCCUGCCUUGUCCCUCACUUGCCAGCGAUGUUGGGGACAGGUGUUUGCUCCUAUUUGUGCAGCAGUUUCUCUGUCUGCGACCCCAAUGGCUUCCGACCCAGUGUUGCCAGGAGCUGACACCACUUCUCUCUGUGUAGCCUGUAGUGUUUGUAGGAAAUACUUUCUGGAUCAUAUCACCUCUCUUCACAUCACUUUCUGUGUUGAGGCUACAACACAGCCUUUGUUUCUGAGACAUUUCCAUUGGCCAGUUGGGGAUCUUUUACUGUGGCUCCCAUCUGCUUCUGUCGGCUCCUGGUGGCUUUUUGACAUCAGUCCCUUGGCCCUGGUCUGCUCCUUGGGGAAAUGGCUUGUACCUGAUUUGGUUCAUGUGUUCUCUCUGCCAGUCUGGGAACCCUGAGCUGUGGGCCAGAGUCGUCAUCGUGUCCAAAAUCCAGUCACAUGACUUUAGCCAGAUCCCUCCUCUGAGGAACAAGGACCAGGUCACCUGGUUGGGUAGUGAGGUGAGCAGUGUGACAGGAGGGGAGGAAACUCACUCCUAGGGAUGGUGAGGAAUAAGGCUGGCCAGGAACAUGGGCAGUGUGUAUGCGUGCGAUGUGUGGUGUAUGACAAGGGGGCCUCACAAGGCCAAAGGCUUAAGUGAGAUGAAGUGGGAGGCCCCUGAGUUUUUAGAGCAGGGGACAAGAUCCAAACCGUGUCAGCAAGAGAGCUGUCUGGAGCAGAAAAAGCUACAAGAGAUUGAUACUUUAUCCUGCAAUUCCUUUACUGAGGAAGAAAGGAUUAUCUUAUUUCUGGAGACGUUUAAAUAAAAUGUUUAUCAAAGUCAUUCACUAGAGAAUUAGAACAGUUGCUGAUUUUAUUUCUUUGCUUCAUAAGGGUUACUGUGUGAACAUAAAAAUUCAUUAAGCGAAAUAAUAGCCUCUAAUCUAACAAUGAUUUAGAUCACUUGAUUGAAUGAUGAGAUUAUUUGAACAUUUCAAAAACACUACUUUAGCAAGUUUUUGGAGGUCUUUUUUUUUUAAAGAUUUUUUAUUUAUUUAUUUGACAGAGAGAGACAUAGCGAGAGUAGGAACACAAGCAGGGGGAGUGGGAGAGGGAGAAGCAGGCUUCCCGCUGAGCAGGGAGCCCGAUGUGGGACUCGAUCCCAGGACCCUGGGAUCAUGACCUGAGCCGAAGGCAGACGCUUAACGACUGAGCCACCCAGGAGCCCUGGAGGUCUUUAAAAAAAAAAAAAAAAAAAAGGCAAGAAGAAUAGUUUUAUGACUACAAACCAAAAACAGACAAAAUUGCUUUUACCGUUUCCCAACCGUAUUACCUGGUCUGUCUUCUGAAAAUUAAAGAGAUCGAUAGCAAUGUUCCCGUAGCUACUAGGAAAAAAAGCAUGGGCCACAGUGGGGAAAGUGGAAUCAAAAGAGAGACAGAGUGAUCCUUUAUUUUCUUUGUGUGUAUGUGUGUGUGUGUUAAGAUGGUGUGCACUGUGUUGUUUUUAUGUAUGAUAAUUCAUUACCCCUGUACUUAGCUGAAGGUCAGCAUAAUACAGGAGAUAAUUAAAGCUUAAAAGAAAAUAAGCUGCCUGGACAUGUGUGUGCCGCAGAUCGGAGGAGAGAACUGUCAGCAGGCGAGAAGGUUGGGACAGGGCACGGGUUCAGGAGAGGACAGAAACGGGACACAUGGCCAAAGACAAACACCAGGCGGGAGGAGCCCAGGAGUUAAGGAGCCAUGAGGGCGGGAGAGCAUGGUCCAGAAUCAGAAGGAUCCAGCCUGGAAUCCCAGCUGUACCAUUGGGGGCGAAGGGGCCAUGUGUGUCUCCUCACUGUCUGACCUCAGGGUCUUCCUCGUGUGUCACUUGAGGAUUAUGUUAGCAACUGCAUCUCUGUUAGCUAGUACUGAAUAACAAAUGACCCCAGUACGAAGUGGCUUAAAACCUCUAUUAUUGAGUCACAGUUCUGUGGGCAGGAAAUUGGAUGGGGCAAAGUGGGGCUGGCUCUGAGCCCUAAGGGCUUCUCAGCUUGCAUGCCUGGCACCUCACCCAGGGCAUCCCAGCCUGCUGGGGUUAGGCAUAUGGGGCUCAGGAUUCUCUGUCGCCGGGAACCUUGUUCUCCUUCACAGAGGCCUUCACACCUCUUUCUGAGUGGCCCUACAGCACUGUCACUAGAUUCUGACGUGGUAGCUCCCUGCCCCCAGGUCUUCAAAGGUGGAUGUUGCCAGGCUGCUGCUCUUUCUCUUUCAUUUCUUCUCAUUCCUUACGGCCGAAUACUAUUCCAGCCUGUGGUUGUACAUUUCAUUCAUCUGUGCACCAGUUGAUGGACAUCUGGUGUUUGUACCUUGCACCUAUUAAUAGUCCUGCUGUGGACAUUUACCUGUACAAGUCUCUGAGUGUAGGUGUUCAGUUUUCUUGGCGAGAUUGAUAGGAGUGGAUUUGCUGAAUUGGGUGGUAACAGCUAGGCCUUCUUGAAGCUUCAGCCUGGACCAGGCGGAGCAUGGUUCCACUGCAUUCUCUAAAGCAAAUUGUAGCCGCCCCCCUAUCCCCCGAGUCAAGAGGAGAGGCUGACAAGGGCCUGACCGCCCUGCCCAGAGGGGUUCAUCUGAGUCCUCAGGUAAAGCCCUCAGCAUGCAACCUGACACGCAGUAGGUACUCAAUAAAUGUUGUUCUCUUUAUUACUAAGAAUAAUACAAAACUGGGGCAGUAGGUAAAACACAGACUGUUAGGACUUAGAUGGACAUCCAUCAGUAGGCCUGACAGCAAAUCCCUGUUCAGGAUUUUGGAGAUUAUGGGCACGCUUCAGAUUAGCAGUAUCCAAGUCAGAAGAUGACAACUAGAGGCUACUAGAGGUCAGAAUAACCCCAGCACUGGAUGAGAAGAGGAGGCGGCGCCGCGUGUUCAUUCUAGCAAAUGUGGAACUUCAGGGAUGAGUGUCAGAAGAAAAAUCACCUGUUAUCCUGCCUGUCAGUGAUAACUACUGUAAAUAUUUUGGCUGCUUUCCUUCCAGUAUUUUUUCUAUGCAUCAGGUGCAUUAAGUAGACAUACUUUUAUAAAACCAAAAUUAAGAUCGUAAUGUAUAUGGUUUAUAUACUACAUUUGAACAUUUAAUACGAAAUUGGGAGCAUUCUGUGUUGUUCAAUACUGAUUUCAAUGGUUAAGAUUAUCAUCUGUCUUUCUAUAUCUAGAUCCUUUUAUUUAUGUAUUUUUGAAGCAUAAUGUCCAGCUUUGUGAAUUUCUACAUGUUGUGUACACCCAUAAGACAAGACCACUACCCAAGUGGAAUUAUAGAAUCCCGUGGUCCCCUCCUGUCCAUAACCUUCCCGUUUACACGAAUCGACUCCCUAAUUUAUUUAUAUACUUUCCUUUUCCUGAACACUUGGGUUGCUUCCAAUCGUUUGCCCUUACAAAUGAUGCUGCUGUCUACUUCCCCGUAUGUACACGUUUGUCUGCAUCUGAUUGCUUUCUUUGGAUAAAUUUCUAGAAGUUGGGAAAUACUGGGGCAAAGGGUAUGAACAUACGGAAAUGCUGUCAACGAUCUUUCUUGGUACUCCUGGCUCCAGAGUGGCUUUGCCCUCCUUGGUGCACCUGCACUGCUUGGACAAUACAGUUUACAGCAGUGUCUUACUGGGCUCCCAACCUGUUUCCAGUGCUUGGAAAUUUCAGAACUAGAUCCUCAGGAGCAGGCUUUGUGCCUCUUAAUGUGCCUUUGUAUCCCCCUACUUGAAGACACAGUAAAAUUAUUUUGAGUUCU